AUGUAUACACCAGACGUAGAGGGCGUGUUUAUACUAACUGAUUCUCAGAAAUUUCGCAUUGAAAAGGUUGAGCAAGAAACGAAGAAGAGUGAGACUCUGAAACCGUUGCCCACAGAGUCGUCAGCUGGUAAAACAGACAACACACUUGCAGAAACUCAUUCAACUGAUUCACCAGCGCCGCAAACGUAUGGGACAAUCACAUCUACUGGUGACAGUGAUGGAGAUACCUUGGUAGAGAAUAUGCAUAUAGAUUAUGAACCUCUUUUUACCAAGGUGGAAAUUAAACCGGGGGUGAAAGGUCGGCUACGUGUAUUCUUUCUAGCAUUGGUUCCUAUUGACCAUAGAAGGUGGAAAUAUCAAAAGCUAGUUGGCAAAAUACUUGAUGUGCUCAAGAUGCCUGUGAUGUUUCUUGCCAUUCUAACAAUCCCUCUAGUUGAUCAUGAAAAAGAUAUGAAAAAUUGGAAUAAAAUAUUGAACUGCCUCCAUAUGAUAACAGCUCCAGUAUUUUCCACUGUAGUGACAAUGUGCCAUUCCGUUCCCGUGUCGGACCAGUUUCUUGUGUGGCACGUAGCUUUGAUCAUAGGAGCGAUAUUAUCAGUAUUGGUCUUCCUGACUUCCUCCCAUGAUAAACCGCCUGUAUACCACUGGGUGUUUGCGUAUGCUGGUUUUGGUAUGGGUGUCGUCUGGAUCUACGCGACUGCUAAUGAAAUCAUCAAUGCCCUUCAGGCACUUGGUAUUAUGUUUGAUUUGAGUGAAGAACUUCUUGGAUUUCUAUUACUAGCCAUUGGAAAUAGCAUAGCAGAUUUAGUUACAGAUACUACAAAUGCCAAAGCCGGUCGACCUGUUAUGUCCAUUGGUGCAUGUUUUGGUGGACCCUUAUUCAAUAUGUUAUUAGGAUUCGGCAUAGCUGGUACAAUUGGGGCGAUUCGUGCAGAUGGAGAGGACCUCAUGAUUUCUUACCAGCCUCUACAGGCCGCCUAUUUUUCACGAUGGCCGUCAGUUUGUUGUCUUCUUUGCUCAUCAUGCUUGUUUACUGGUUUAAAGUCACCAAACCAUAUGGAGUAUAUCUAUUUAUUUUGUACAUCGUUUUUCUCAUUAUUGCUAUACUGGUAGAAACUGAAGUCAUUAAUUUAUGAUGAAAUGACGUUAUUCAUCUGUGAUUCGAUAAUCGUUAAUAUACUUCACUUAAUCAUGCUUGGCUAACCAUUAAACAUGUAACUGAAUAGUAAUGUCUGAAAAUGUGCUAAAAAUGUAAAACAAAUCACUGCUUUAAUAUAUUUACGCUUUCUUUUACGUUUGAUUUUAAGUUUCCCACCUGUAACUGUGUAUGGCGAUGACACACUAUGUACAUGUAUAUUCAAAUGAUAUGCAUGUAGCAACCAACCUAUACUAAUCAAAUCACGCCACGUACUCCCCUUCGUCAUGUGACCCCAC